AUGUCUGCUGCCUCCACCACCGCCUCCGCCUGGGCCUCCUCAGGCACAUCCUCAAGGCUCUCGGGGGACUACCCGCUGCAGCAGCAGCAGCAACAGCAGCAGCAGCAGCAGCAGCAGCAGCAGCAGCAGCAGGGUUUCUGGGCUGCUGAGGCCCCGCUGCAGCACAUGCAGCGAAGGGCCUCUGAUUCGGGGGCCCUUCGCAGAGGGAUGUCAUUCUACACUGCUCCCCCUCCUUUGUCUUUUUACUCAGGCCAGCAGCAGCAGCAGCAGCAGCAGCAGCAGCAGCAGCAGCAGCUGUUGCUGCAGCAGCAGCAGCUGCUGCAGCAGCAGAGACCUUCGGAGGCUUCAGCAAAGCUGGGGUCUGCUGCAGACGCAGUUCACUGGGGCUCUCUGCUGCGGCCAACACACAACCUGUAG